AUGACCCAGUUGAACCCAUCAGCUAAAGUGCCCGUCUUGUUGCUCAAAACCAAGUCAACGCCUGGCGACUCUUACGAAGACCUGUUCUCGCGCCAACAUUCUGGCUAUGAGUUCGAAUCGACUUUCGUGCCGGUCUUGCACCACAGUUUCCAAGACGCAGGAAUGACACUGAUAAGGGACGUGCUGAAUCGCCGCGCUAUUGACACCAAGACCAGUGCCGCUUACGGCGGCCUCAUCUUCACUUCUCAGCGGGCUGUCGAGGCGUUCACCAAAUUGGUUGACGAAAAGAAGGGCGAGUCAACAUUGUUCUCAGACACUGAAGGGGGCUGGCCUCAUCUUCAUGAAGUGCCGGUUUACAGCGUUGGUCCUGCCACAACGCGGGCGCUCAAGGCCGUAACACAGGAUCCGCCACUGCAGGUAUUCGGAGAGCACACCGGCAAUGGCGAUGCCUUGGCCAAGUACAUUCUGGAUCAUUACAGCCAAUGGUACCAUGACAGACCGAUCAAGCCGCCCGUUCUCUUCCUCGUCGGUGAACAGAGAAGGGACAUCAUUCCCAAGACACUCAUGGCUCCAAACUUGGCCAGUGAAAAAAGGAUUCAAGUUGAUGAGGUUGUCGUUUACGGGACGGGAGUCAUGGAAUCGUUCCCGCGAGACUUUUCCCACAUCCUGCAAGCCACAGAGGCGGCUUCGUCACGGUGGGUGGUUGUCUUCUCCCCGACAGGUUGCGAUAGCAUGCUGCGUAGCCUCGGUAUGUUGGAUGAAGCAACGGGCAUGGGUUGCAACAAGAGCCAAGGGAGGCGAAAAACAUUCAUCGCAACAAUUGGGCCGACUACACGAGACUACCUGAGAAAAACUUUCGCCUUCGAGCCAGAUGUUUGUGCUGAGGAACCCAGUCCUGAAGGGGUCAAACAGGGCAUCAUCCAGUUCAUGGACAACCUCAAGCAGUGCCCAAGCAAAAGCUGA